GGUGGUGAUUGAUCGGGAAUCGAGGCGAGUUCUGGAUUUGUAAACACGAUUUCACUAUCUUUCUUGAGAGUUGAUACGAGUAAGAGUGUUGUAUUCGGUUUUAUUUGACUUUCAAGUUUAGCUUAGAUUCUGACUCCUCUAUGAAAUCUCGUAGAAGUUCUCCUGGAACAUCUAAGAAAACAACUGUCAUGGCAAAUACUAUCAAACGAGAUAGAAGUUUGGGAACUGGAAAUUGUAGGAGAUCAAGUAAUCAAUAUGUUGUAGAACUACGUAUGAACAAUGCCAAACUAGCUACUAGUCUUGCAAACGAGAGAAAUAAAAAUUCAAAAAUUAUUCAACUGAACACAUCAAUGCGAGAGCAAAUUGUUGGUCAGCAAGCAGAGCUCAGGGCCAUCGCUGGUGCAGCUAGAGCAGGCCUUCAGAAAUUCCAGAGUGCUUUGGAUUUGAUGAUUGAAGCUUCUGAUUUAAUAGCUACUGUUAACCAAAAAAUUGGGACCCUUUGCGCAGAGCCGGCUCCUGUCCAACAACCGAGCAACCUGUUAGCAAGCUCCAGUCAGAGUCCUGUCAUAGUUGCACCAACAGCCAGGACCCCCAGUUCUCCUGUAGGACCCAAUACCUCUGCUGUAGUGGCAAGAGUUCAUAAUAAGGAUUCAUCUGGUACUUCAACGCUUACCCAAGGUACAGCACGUCCAAUGGUGCAAGGCCAAGUUAUUUCUACCAAUCCAACUGUGCGACUUCAGAGAUUAGUAGUUCCUGUACCAUUAGGGCGGGGCCCCCAGAGGGUUCCACCCCAAAGAGGUGUUGACUUUCUAUCAUCACGUUCAUUGGGCUAUGCGCGACUACGCAACACGUUCAUUUGCCUGUCAGAAAACACAGAGUACGUCAGGUUAAGACACACGUAA